CCUUUGCUGCUGCCGUUUCAGCGCUGCGUCGUCUUAGCGCGCCUCUUUUCCUCCACGCGAGGGGGUGCGCUACCCCUAGUCGUCGUGGUCAGCGCUCCCAGUCCCUCUGCUACUCUCGUGGCCCCCUCACCAUGGCGGGCAUCCUUUUUGAGGAUAUUUUUGAUGUAAAAGACAUUGACCCGGAAGGCAAAAAGUUUGACCGAGUGUCUCGGCUGCAUUGUGAGAGUGAAUCUUUCAAGAUGGACCUCAUCCUUGAUGUAAACAUUCAGAUUUACCCUGUAGACUUGGGUGACAAGUUCCGGUUGGUCAUAGCCAGUACCUUAUAUGAAGAUGGUACUCUGGAUGAUGGUGAAUACAACCCCACAGAUGAUAGGCCUUCCAGGGCUGACCAAUUUGAGUAUGUCAUGUAUGGGAAAGUGUACAGGAUUGAGGGAGACGAAACUUCUACUGAAGCAGCAACACGCCUCUCUGCCUACGUGUCCUAUGGGGGCCUGCUCAUGAGGCUGCAGGGUGAUGCCAAUAACCUGCAUGGAUUUGAAGUGGACUCCAGAGUGUAUCUGCUCAUGAAGAAACUGGCCUUCUGAACCACCCAGGAAGCUAGCCUUGCUGCUUAGUCACUCAGGUCCUGGAUGUUAGUUCAACCCGAAUAGCAGUUGCUGUUGUUCACCUGUUCAAAAGGGGCUGACUCUCUGUCCACCCUGAGUGCAUCUUUAGCAGGUCUGGACUCAGUGGGAAACUGACUUGCCGGUGAAAGACCCAGUGGGAGAGCUUAAGAUGUUUUAUGUACAUGCUUUUUAAAUUAAACUUUACUUUUUCAGA